UGGAUUGUGGGGGGGAGGCAAGCGACGAGGGGCGAGUGGACACGUCGCAUUCGGUUUGAGGGGACAUGUCAUGUGGGGCUCCCGGCUUGAGCGACUUGCAGUGCGAAGCGAGGAAUCGAUCAAUGAAGUCUACUCCUCCCAAUCAUGCGUACGUCUGUGCCAUCACCUACAUUCCCCCGUUCUCCCCCGCCCCUCAUUGCAAGCAAGGAUGCAAUCACGAUUGUUGCCCGCCCCCCCCGAUGGACAACACCACGAAGGACUGUUGCACCGUUUGCGAUGUUCUGCGCCUGCACGCCGUGCUUCUAUGCUCCGACCGAGCAUCGUCAACUGGUUGGUCAUCGAGGCCUGUGAAUCAAGAAUCGUGAAUCGUGAAUCAUCAAGAAGAAGGAAUUGUGAAAUUUCGAUCACGUGAUGCACUCCCCCACACUCACGUUGUAUUUCAAGAUUCUGG